AUGUCUCUUUGUCAAGAUUGCUGUCAGCUCGAUCUUGCCGACCUAGUUGACGACGAAGACGAAGUCCAAGACAUUAGUCUUCAUUCUUCAAUUGCCGACCUUGAGCGAAAUAUCUCCUCAUGCGAUCUGUGUCGACUUUUCCAUAGAUCCAUCAUCGAGAAGCUCCAGAGCGAGGGAGUCAGUGUUGACCAAGCGGCUUGGAAUGACCCAGAUUCGCCUGUUAUCUUACGGGGUGUUCAGUACACAGAUGAGAACUACGAGUCUCUUGGUCUAUUUUGGGUCAAAGUUCGUUGCGAUCGCCUGAGCCCGAGAGCUUACUGCUAUUUCAGCUUCUACCCCAAAGACGAAAUUGCCAGCCUGGAGCAAUCCAUCGUAGGCAGACCUAUCAAGCCUCCCUCUGAGCAGAUUAAUCUCGUGAAAGAUUGGGUCCGUGAAUGUGACGAAAAGCAUAGCUGCCAUUCAGGACCUACGACUCUACCUACACGAGUUGUAGAUGUCGGUGUCGAGGGAGUGAAGGAACCUCAGCUCACUAUUACGAACGGAGAAGCUGGUCGCUAUAUGACAUUGAGUCACUGCUGGGGCUCUCAUCCUGUCAUCCGUACCACCAGCGAGACCAUCAAUGACCAUAUCAAGUCAUUGCCACUGUCCAUCUUGCCUCCGACGUUUCGGGACGCAGUAUUGAUAACGAGAUCGCUUGGUGUGCAAUACAUAUGGAUCGACUCGCUCUGCAUUUUGCAGGACUCCAAAGAAGACUGGGAACUCGAGAGCGUCAAGAUGGGCACCAUUUAUGCCUCAUCAUAUCUGACCAUUGCAGCCUCAGCCUCCGCAGACUCGACGGGGGGUUGCUUCUUGCCACGUUCGACUUCAAACCAUGUUCAAGUCAAAUGUACUCGGAAAACUAGUGAUAGAACUGAGUCUAUCCCAGUGUUCAUACGACCUCGACCGCGUGACUUCAGCCAUCUGCCCCAAAGCAUCCUACAUACACGAGCAUGGGUGACCCAGGAACGCCUUCUAUCUGCGCGAAUGAUACACUAUGACUCGGAUCAACUUCUCUGGGAAUGCCGGGAAUCUCGUCUGGCAGAAGAUGGGGUUCCGACUGAUGCAUUCACUGUGCAAAAGCUCGUAUGGGACGAACGCCUUCACCUUUCAUACCCCUUCGCGCAAGGACGCCUAUCGACAUCAGAGUUCGUGUGGGACUGGUACGAUAUGGUGUCGGCAUACAGCAGCAGAGGCAUCGCCAAGUCUUAUGAUAGACUGCCAGCGCUUUCCGGUCUUGCCAAAGUGAUGGGGGAAUGUACCGGGCAACGGUACCUUGCCGGGUUAUGGGAGAACCACUUGCAUUAUGGGUUGCUUUGGAGGAGAAGGGAGAAUUGGCUUGAAGCUCCGUCUGAUGGCUUCCGCGCCCCGAGUUGGAGUUGGGCGUCUCUGGAAGGCGCUGUCACAAUGCCCGAAGUUGCAAGCAUUCUGCCCUCGGGGAACGAGAUGGAGGUGACCGUGAGGAUCGUUCAAGCAGAGACGAUGCCACUCGGCCUGGACUCGAGAGGCAUGUUGAGAUCAGGAUACCUGCAGUUGAAAGGAAAACUCAGACGGGCUGAUCCAAGAGAACAUCCGGCAGCUCCGGGUUAUCAGAGGUUUUCAACCUAUCGGAAGGAGUUAGCUAUUGAUUUCCUCAAAGAAGACGGGGUCAUGGUCGGAUUAGCAGUCUUCGACACGGAUUAUCGCGGGAUCGAUAAGCCUCUCUACUACUUACAGGUAUCAAGAAGAGCCAAGGAGCCAAGCCGUUGGUACGGGCUGCUGCUAGAGCCGACGGACCAGCAGCAAGAGUUCCGCCGUAUCGGCUUCUGUCGCACAGAAGAAUAUCCGCUCCGAAACUGGUUCGCACAUGUCGAGGAAGAGACGAUCACGAUAGUCUGA